AUGGACAGUGAAGCGGGAACAGUGAACAGUAGCCAUGACAGCCCUCUGAGCCCGAAGUACCUGACUGGGUUAGGGAGUAACUAUCUACCGGGGCAAAAGAACAGACACUCUGGACCGAGUCUCGCCAGUCCUCAAGAGUACAAUGAGUGGCUGCCCUACCGUCAUGAUGCCAGCCUUCUGCCCAUGAAGGAAGACCUGGCCUUCUGGCUCAACACCAUGCUGGAUGUGGACCUCACAGCAGACAGUCUAAUGGAUAGGUUGGAUAAUGGUGUGCUCCUUUGUCAGCUGGCACAGCUGCUCCAGGAGAAGAUGCUCCAUGCCAUCAAUGACAAGGUGAUACAGCAACACAAAUCCAUAAGAGUGAUCCACUGGCGGGCUGAUGCAACUUCUGGAACAUUUUUCGCCCGAGACAACACUGCCAACUUCCUCUACUGGUGUCGAAAGAUUGGCGUUGAUCAGGCUUACCUUUUUGAGUCAGAGGAUUUGGUCCUGCAGAGGCAACCUCGAGAGGUGUGCCUGUGUCUGAUGGAGCUGGGACGGAUUGUAGCCAGAUAUGGAGUGGAGCCUCCAGGACUGGUGAAACUGGAGAGAGAGACAGAGAUAGAAAGGGAGGAGGCAGGUGGCUUAUCGCCAUCACCCCCCUCCCCCCUCUCCUUUUUUCCUCCCACAUCACUGUAUUUGCCAUCACAGUCAUCCUUUCUCCGAGGCCCCUCUCCUCCUCCACCUGUGGCCCUCACUCCAAGCACAACCUGUCUGGCUGAACCCCUCACUGCCUCCCUCGCCUCUGAUCUUCAGUCAGCUACAACAGAUCCAGCACCUACAUGUUCAUCCCCUCCUCAGUCCUCCCUCACAGCCUCUAACCCUUGUACAACCACAACCUCAAAACAAGCACCUUUGUUCUUUUCAUCUUGCGCCACUUACACAUCUGCUUCACCACCCUCGCCAGGCCAAACCCUGCUGUCCACUGUCUCCUCUACCACAAUAAACAACCGCACUCCCACAACUGCACCUCCCAUCACCUCCGCACCUGGAGCUCGGACUCCUCGAUCAUCCAGAAAAUCCACCAGCCGGAGGAGUGCGGGCGCUGACAACAUUUUGGAUGAUAUUGUGAGAAAGAUUAUUGAAAAUCCCCCCUGCUGCUGUCCCACCAAGUUCCUCGUUGAGAAGCAACCUAAAGGCUGCUAUCGCGUUGGGGAUAAAGUUCUUUACAUACGGAUGCUGAACGAGCGUCACGUGAUGGUACGUGUAGGCGGAGGCUGGGAGUCCUUUGUAAGUUACCUGCAGAAACACGACCCCUGUAGAGGAGGAGCAGGAUUAGCUGCCAGGUCUGUGGUCAGGGUCUGUAGGGACAACAUGACACCACCCAGGCUGACCAUCUCACCUGACAGCUACAUGGUGGUCGGUGCCCAUUACCGUGGCAAGAAGUAG